GAGUGAAGUGGAGGUCCAUGAUCGUCCACGCCAGUCGGCAAGGCACCGGAUGAUGAUGGGUAAGAUCUCAGAACCAUGGUCUACUUUUGUCGCAGUCGUAGAUUUUAACCCUAGAUCGAGGGUUUUAACCUUUCGUGAGGAAAAGCUUCGGGGAGUAAGUUCAAAGGUCAAAAAUGACAAUAACAAUGGGAAAGCCUAUAUAUUUACAAAUAAGCCAAUAUUUCAAGUUGUACGUUUGUCUCCAGCCUCUUUACAACGCUACUCCAGUCGAAUUACAAAGUUCUAUCAGCUCAGACGUAGCGAAAGAUCAGCCGGAACCGAGCUGCUGGAAGUUCAUAGUUCAUCGAAGUGAAGCCCUGCAUACACCUUUCCAAUUUGCGUCUUUCUGUAACGGUUGAUCACGAGCUUCAACCAAAAAAAAAAAAAGACUUAGCCAGGGACCACAAGUUUGCAUUUGAGUUGACUGUGUGUUGUUGAUGCAGCAACAAUGGCUGAACAGUAUCGUGAAAAGUUUUUGACGAUGUUGCAUUACAGCAAUCAAGUUUUUGCCCUUGCACUGGCUCGAGAUGUUGGAAUUAUGGAAGCAUUGUUGAAAGCCACAAGGCCGCUAUCAUGUAAGGAAAUUGCUGAUGAAAAAGAGCUGAAAGAAAGAUAUGUGCAAGAGAUUCUUGGAAGUUUGACCAGCAGUCAGAUUGUGGAGUUACAGACUAAUGCAAAUGGCAUUACAGAGUACUUCUUUAGUGAGGCUGGCAAAGAAGCUCUUAGUUCUGGUGGAACUUAUGAGAGAACACUCAUGUUUAAUGCCAUCAUGGCCAGCUACAAAGCAGUGAGAGAGUGCGUUUACCGGGAUGGUCCCUGCACUGCAAGGUAUGAGGACGACCUGUUUUAUGCUCGAGAUGAAAUGACUCAGCAGACUGUGGACAACACCGUUGGUUUAUUUCUCUCUAAGGCCCCUGGACUUGAACAGAGAUUAGAGCAAGGCAUUUCAGUGGCUGAGAUUGGUAGUGGCACAGGACGUGUUCUGGCUAAGCUGGCGCAGAAGUUUCCAAACAGCAAGUUCACAGCAACUGAUAUCCGGCCGCACUUGGUGGAGAGGAUGAAAUCUCUGUAUAGUCACCUACACAACAUACAUUAUCGUGAAAUUGAUAUCUGUACGUUCCCAGAAUCGAUUGAUGAGCAAUACGAUUUUAUAUUCACUAUAGAUGUCAUCCAUGAUUUACCUUAUCCUCAAAAAGCUCUUAAAGUAUUGAGAAGAUAUUUGAGAGGACCCGAUGGGACUCUCAUAUUUAUAGACAUGGCCGGGCCUGGCUCACACGAAGCAAAUGUUGGUGACCGACAAGCAGCAGCUAUGUACGCCACCAGCACUUUCAUGUGUAUUCCAGAGAGCUUUCAACAGAGUGAUGGUGUUGCAUUAGGUGCAUGCUCAUCUCGGGAUGCAUUAGCCAAGUUAGCCACUGAUGCUGAUUUUAAUGUUGACACUAUUAUCCUUGAAAAACACGUAGCUCUCUUUCUUUGUAAACUAGCCUUAAACUGAAACUAUCAGUAGAUGUGAUAUUGGUAUUGUUUUGGGUGUUGUUUUUUAAAGUUGAUUUAUUAUGGUUUGGGCUUAAUGUUAAUUGCAGUCAUAUUUUGUGCCUAAGAAAGCUCACAUCAAAAUUAUUACUCUAUAGAAAUGAAAGUAUUCAAGUUGCAUCUAUAUGGCAUAUGGACAUGCAGUCUCGCACGAACAUGGUGUAAUAAUUGAAUAAGUUAAUUUUCUUUUAUAUCACGUUAUAUCAAGGGAGAUAAACAGCAAAAAAGAACAAUUGUGUCAAAAUUUUAUAUGAAUUAUAACCCAUUUCUCAAGCCAACUUGUAUCGGGUUCUCACAGUUCACAGAUUAUAAUUAUAAUUUGGGUUUUUAACAUUGAUACUUCAUUCACUUAUGCAAGGAUAAGCCUCAGAGCACAGAAACAGUCUUUUCCAAGUACUUGAGCCUGGGAUCAUUUCUGAUCUUCAAGCCAUGUUGCAUUGCCAUAAUUCGUAUGUCAUAAUCUGAAAUGUGUAUAUGAAUUUGCACGCUCCCAUUUCGAAUACUCUGUAGAAGUGUCAUGCAAAGUUUCGUGGGCCUAGGUUAAUUUGUCAAUGAGCUAGAAUUUUUUUAACGCUG